ACCAAAAAAUGUCACCCUUUCUUUAAUUCUUCCUCGCGAUUAUGCAUCAUGGCCCCCUAUUGUUGUUACGCUUUCUCUUCAUUUUGCUUCCACUUUUGUACAAAAUGAUGAAAGAAAAAGGAGGAAAAAUACCCCCUAGCAUUUCAAUGUUGAAAUGAAUAACACACUGUACUUUAUUUUUUUAUUUUUUUUUUUUUUGUUUUUUCAACCCCUAUUUUGUUUAACUCCUUGACGAUCAAAUGGAAACGCAAUCUGAGUACCUUUUAAUUGUCAAUUGAUAAAUGGAUAAGUACCCGAUUACCAUUGUUCAGAAGCUGCGCUUCGGUAGUUUUCCUUUUUUUUUUGCAAUCCUCGAGAAUAUUUUCUACUUAAUUUUAUCACCCUCUGCUUUUGUUUUCGUUACAUCCCCUUCCGCUUACAUUUUCAAAACUUGGUGAAAACAUAAACGGCCUUCCGCCCCCGAGGAAAAAUGACAAUUGUUAAUGUGACGGUAAAAUGGAAGAGUCACGUGUACAGCGAUCUACAGCUCGACACGUCUCAGACGAUCUUGGCAUUCAAGGAGAUGCUGUGGACCCUCACGAACGUCCCGCCCGAAAAACAAAAACUGAUGUAUAAAGGCCUCAUCAAAGAUGACACAGAUCUAUCCUCGCUAAACAUAAAACAUAAUGACAAAAUUAUGCUAGUCGGUUCAGCAGAGAGUUUAAUAGAGAGUCCCCCCCCUGUAGUGUUUGUGGAGGAUCUCUCCAAAGAAGAUAAAGAGAGAUUACACGCAAAAGAAAACAUCCUUUUUGAAGACCAGGGAAUUGUGAAUUUAGGAAACACCUGCUACUUCAACGCAGUGUUGCAAUUUUUAACCUCCUUUGACGAUUUAGGGGCUUUCCUUUGCAGCAUAGGAAGAAAGGAAAAACAUUUAUUGAAAUCUACGAAUGAUAUUUUAUUCGAUUCGUAUAUUCACUUUUCCCAAACCUUUGGAAAGUCUCCUGAGCCGUAUGUCCCUCUGGAAUUGUUAAAAUCCUUUAGGGAUGUAUUCCCCAAAUUUAGAACUGUCAAUUUAAGGACGAAACAGUUUGCCCAGCAGGAUGCAGAAGAAUGUAUGAAUGCCAUUCUCACCUCAUUGAAUGACCAGACGGAUUGUAAAAUUAGCGAUAAGUUGUUUUCGUUCAAGGUGAUCAGCAAGGUUAGGUGCAUAGAGGACGACGCGUCUGGGGGAGGGAAACCAACUAAGGAGAAACCCUCAUCGGAUAACGCACCAAGUGAAAACCCACCCAGUGAAACCGCCAACGAAAUCGAAACGACAGAAGAGUUUCACAAUAAACUGAUUUGCUACAUGGGAACGCACACCACCCCUGUGAACCACAUGCACGAAGGAAUACGACUAUCCCUGAUUGAGAAAAUUCAAAAGCAACGAUCUGAGGAUAGUAAGGAAGAUGCCCUGUUUGAAAAAAAAUCUGAAAUGAACUCCCUCCCUCCAUAUCUAAUUGUUCACUUUUUACGUUUCGAAUCGAAGAAGAUCUCCGAAACGAAUAACGCCAUUUCUGUCGUUACGGCCAAGAUAUGCCGGAAGGUGAGUUUUCCAGAGACGUUUGACAUUUACGAUUUCUGCUCAGAUGAAUUGAAGACUCAAUUGAAGGUAGCUCGAAAUAUUGUGAUGAAGAGGAAGGAAGCGGACUUGAACGCUCGCGGGGGUGCCGAAGCUGUUGGAGGAAGCACUGCUGCAAGUGCACAGAAAAACGAGGGCGUGAACGAUACUAGCGUUAACGAAAGCACCAACGAGAGCUCCAACGAUAACACUAACGGUGUGACGAGCGAUGAGGCAACGGCUGUGGAGGGAACGGCCGCCGAGGCAACCGCAGCCGAGGCAACAGCUACGGAGGAAGCGCAUGGUGAGGGUAGCAGCCCGACGGAGGACUUGACGGAAAUCCCCAUGGGGGAAUAUGAACUCAUUUCAAUAAUCACACACAAGGGGAGAAACGAAGAAAGUGGUCACUACAUUGCCUGGAAAAAAAUGAGGAGCUCCAUAGGCGCAGAUAGCAAUACGUACAAGGAACAGCUAGCCAGUAAGAAAAAAAAAGGAAACGAUUCCAUGUGGUAUAAGAUGGAUGAUGAUAAGGUAAGCACGCAUAAAUUUUCUUCCCUUGAUUUAUGUGGAGGGUGCAGUGACUUUAACAUAGCUAUAUUGCUACUGUAUAAGCGAAAGACCCUGUUGUGCACACAGGAGGAGUUGGAUUCUCAUGGGAAAUGA